AUGUCUCCGCACCCCCAACCAACAAGCCACUCACACUCCCUUGGCGACCCAGAAACAUUUUGGUCCUAUCACGCGGCCAGACUCCACUGGCACAGCAAACCUUCACGUGUCCUAACACGGAAGACGAAGUCCCUACAGAGCGGAACCGAGCACGAGCACUGGUCGUGGUUCGCUGACGGCGAGAUCUCCACAACCUACAAUUGUGUCGACCGGCAUGUACUCGCAGGCCAUGGCGACAAUGUUGCGAUUAUAUGGGAAUCACCAGUCACUGGUGUAACAGAGAAGUAUACUUAUGCCCGUCUACUCGAUGAGGUUGAGGUUCUUGCUGGUGUGCUUAGGGAGGAAGGGGUUCAGAAGGGCGAUGUUGUUAUUAUUUACAUGCCAAUGAUACCCGCAGCCCUAAUAGCUGCGUUGGCAAUAACCCGCUUAGGCGCAAUCCACGCGGCCGUCUUCGGUGGGUUCGCCCCGCAAGCUCUAGCACAGCGCAUUGAGGCUGCGCGCCCGAGAGCUGUAAUGACAGCGUCAUGUGGCAUUGAGGGGUCCAAGGGGCCCAUUUCCUACCGGCCGCUCGUCGAGGGGGCCGUCAAGGCAAGCAGCUUCAAGCCGAGCAAGGUCAUUGUCUGGCAGCGAGACCAACUCCGCUGGAACCAGCCCGAUAAGCGCGGUGGACAGCGUAAUUGGCAGAGACUCGUUAAGAGCGCGCGGUUCCGUGGGGUUAAGGCUGGACCCGUUCCUGUUAAGAGUACGGAUGCGCUUUAUAUUAUUUAUACAAGUGGAACAACUGGUCUCCCCAAAGGCGUCCUCCGCGAAGCAGGCGGGCACGCCGUGGGUCUGGAACUCUCCAUAAAAUCCCUCUUCGGAAUAAAAGGUCCCGGCGACACAAUUUUCUGCGCAUCAGACAUAGGCUGGGUGGUCGGACAUUCGUAUAUCCUAUAUGCGCCGCUGCUAGUCGGCGCCACAACCGUCCUGUUUGAAGGCAAGCCCGUCGGCACGCCGGACGCAGGGACGUUCUGGCGCAUCAUCGAGAAACACAAUGUGAAUGCGCUCUUUACAGCCCCAACUGCCAUGCGAGCUAUCCGGAAAGAUGACCCGGACAACCAGCUUCUCGGCGAGGUCGGGAAGCGCGGAGGAUUGAAAUCUCUCCGUGCUCUUUUCCUCGCCGGUGAACGUAGCGAGCCAGGUAUUGUUCGCUCAUACCAAGAUCUGCUUGGUAAGUAUGCAGCGGACGGUGCGCUUGUUAUUGAUAACUGGUGGUCAUCUGAAUCCGGAUCCCCGAUUACGGGUGUUGCGUUGAACGGGAGUGCUGCCCUUACUAGUCUGUCAUCCGGACCAGAUCAUUCUCCCCUCACGCCGCGGCCUGGUUCAGCAGGUUUUCCAAUGCCUGGGUUUGACGUCCGCGUUGUCGAUGACGAGGGCAGUGAAGUCCCGCGCGGAACAAUGGGCAACAUCGUCAUGGCUGCGCCGCUCGCCCCGUCAGCGUUCACAACUCUCUUCGAGGACGAAGAACGGUUUUACCGUGGGUAUCUUAAGCGGUUUAAUGGCCGCUGGAUUGAUACCGGUGAUGCGGGAAUGAUUGAUAAGGAUGGCUACGUGCAUGUUAUGUCGCGGAGUGACGACAUCAUCAAUGUUGCCGCGCAUCGGUUUAGUACCGGAUCCAUUGAACAAGCAAUCCUCUCUCAUCCUUCGAUCAGCGAAGCAAGCGUCGUCGGCAUUCCCGACCCGCUAAAAGGCCACCUUCCCUUCGCAUUUAUCCAGCCCAAAGCCGGCGCGAUCCCUGGAGAAACUGGACCUCUCCCGGCAACACCGAGCCCGCAGUUAUUUGCCGAUGUCAACACGUUGGUCCGUGAGCAGAUCGGAGCGAUUGCAUCGCUGGGUGGGGUUAUACAGGGUCGGGGGAUGAUUCCCAAGACGCGGAGUGGGAAGACGCUUAGGCGUGUUCUUAGGGAGCUUGUUGAAUUUGGGCUGAAGGGGGAGUAUGCGGCGGAGGUUAGUGUGCCGCCUACUGUUGAGGAUGCGGAGGUUGUGUCUGUUGCGAGGGAGAGGGUCAGAGAGUACUUUGAGGAGAAGAGGAAGGCGAACGCGGUUGGGAAGUCGAAGCUUUAG